GUUACGUAGAGUCAACAUAAGCAAGCGCACAGAUUCAUUCAAUUUUAGAAACAUAAGUCAAUGAAGACGUAGUACACGAUUAUCUUCAUUUAUUUUAUUUGAGUCAACCAACACUAAUCUAUUUUUUGUUAGGGUUUUCUAACAGAAUCAAUCAACAAACAAUUCAACGCUAUUUCAAAAACCAUGGCGAAAGGAAAGUAUACACGUUCACUAGGGAAGAAAUUAUCGACGGUUACGUUGAUUUUCUGGACUCUUUUCAUGCUUACAAUUCUCAUAAUCGUUCUACUUGCACUCGGAAUUCUUUAUCUUCCAAAUACAACCGAUGAUUCUUCAACCAUAACAGAUCUCAAUGGUUUCAGACGCAAAACCUCUGAAAGUUUGGUGGAGAGGAAGGAGCAGUGGACUGAAAUUCUUUCAUGGGAGCCAAGAGCUUUCAUCUAUCACAAUUUCCUGUCAAAAGAAGAAUGUGAGUACAUGAUCAAUCUUGCCAAGCCUUUCAUGGCAAAAUCAAGCGUUGUCGAUAGCAAGACUGGAAAGAGUACAGAAAGCAGGGUUCGAACUAGUUCAGGAAUGUUUCUGAAGAGAGGAAAGGACAAAAUUAUCCAGAAAAUUGAAAGAAGAAUUGCUGACUUUACCUUCAUACCAGUAGAGAAUGGAGAGGGACUUCAGGUUCUUCACUAUGGAGUUGGGGAGAAAUAUGAGCCUCAUUACGAUUACUUCCUUGAUGCGUUCAACACUAAGAAUGGAGGCCAACGAGUUGCUACAGUUCUUAUGUAUCUGUCUGAUGUUGAAGAAGGUGGUGAGACCGUAUUUCCUGCGGCUAAGGCCAACUUUAGUUCUGUGCCAUGGUGGAAUGAUCUAUCCGAAUGUGCUAGGAAGGGUCUAUCAGUGAAACCAAAAAUGGGUGAUGCUCUGCUGUUUUGGAGCAUGAGACCAGAUGCCACACUAGAUGCAUCUAGUUUACAUGGCGGUUGCCCAGUAAUUAGAGGAAAUAAAUGGUCUUCAACUAAGUGGCUGCAUCUUGAGGAAUACAAAGUAUAAGGAAUUGCCUGUGCAGUUUUUAAAGCGGAGAGGUGGUGGGCAACCGCAACGGUGGUGGAUAAUAUUGGGAUGGUGAAAGGGACGGUGUCGCGUUGCAAUUGCGGUGAUACUGUUGGGCGGCGCAUUGGUUGUGGUUAUCUAUGUGUUGGCCAUUUAAAUAGUCUUGUAACAGAAUAUUAAUGUAUUGUGUUCUUCACAGUUAUGUAAAAUUAGUUAACAUAGUAGUGUACAAGAAAAAUGAGCUCAAACGCUUUCCAUUUUAUUUUCCCAUAAUCAAGCCAGUUUUGUAUUUGUUUA